CUGUCAAAUCGAUCAUCGCUUACUAUUUUACUCUACUGUUUAUGGUUCCGAAAGAAAAGUUUUAAAUCGAUCUGAAAACGUUAUUUUUUGUUUGGUAGCUUCUUGUAGUGUUUUGCAGCUGUUUAUUGUUAUUAACGUGCGACAGGAUGUUGUCUAUCUACGCCGCGAAGUGAGCCAUCAGCCGCAGUUUCAUGAACAGAAGUACACUCAGGCGGGUACAGUUUAGUCGUUAGCACUGAUCGGAGACAGUGCAGAGUGACUAGAGCGCGGCCCGGACCCCGGCGGCGGUAAAACAACUUUCCAGCCUUCAAGAACACCAACACUUCCAGCAUGCCUCGCAGUCUACUGAGCGAGGGUUCAUACUCGUCGUUGGACCCAGUCUACAAAAGCACCACCGAGCCUAACAUUAAGGAUGGUAGAAUAAAGAAAGUCCUAAAGAUGUCUAAGGCCAAGAAGAAAUUAAAUUUUAAUGAGAUAGUAUUCAGUCAGUUUGAUAAUAAUGAAGAAGCGGAAGUGAAUAUCCUCACGAAGGAAGAAAGCAAGCAGAAGAAAAUGCCAACUACCAAUGCUGAAGAAGCCGCUCUGCUCGGCGUGGCGCCGAUUGACAGCAUGGACGACAUUGAAUUGAAGAACAUCCAGCUCCAGUUCCCGUCCGCCCGCUGCUUCGGGGAAGGGGGCUGCACCGAAGUUCGCGUCCGCACCGACCGCGGGGACAUACUCGUGGCCGUGCAGGGCGACCGCAACAAGGCCGCCAUCUUCACCUACCACGACCUCGGCCUCAACUACAUCUGCUUCCAGCCGUUCUUCAACUUCGUGGACAUGCGCGCUUUGUUGGAGAACUUCUGCGUGUACCACAUCAACGCACCCGGACAGGAGGAGGGCGCGCAGAGCUUGCCGGAAGACUACAUCUACCCAACUAUGGACGAGCUGGCCAAUCAGCUCAACUACGUGCUGGGCCACUUCGGUAUCAAGUCAUUCAUCGGGUUCGGCGUAGGCGCCGGCGCCAACAUCUUCGCGCGCUUCGCUCUGGCCUAUCCGCAGAAGGUGGACGCGCUGGCUCUGAUCAACUGCACGUCCAACCAGUCGGGUUGGAUCGAGUGGGCCUACCAGAAGAUGAACACGCGCUCGCUGCGCUCCCGCGGCAUGACCCAGAACGUGCUGGACUAUCUCAUGUGGCACCACUUCGGCAAGUUCCCCGAGGAGCGAAACCACGACCUGACGCAGAUGUACCGCAUGCACUUCAACCGCAACGUGAACCCGACCAACCUGUCGCUGUUCAUCGACUCUUACUUACGCCGCACCGACCUCGGCAUCUCGCGCGACGCCGAGACAAUCAAGGCGCCUGUGCUGAACAUUACUGGAGCCCUGUCUCCUCAUGUAGAGGAUACAGUGACGUUCAAUGGGCGGCUAAACCCUAACAACUCCACCUGGAUGAAGAUAUCCGACUGCGGCAUGGUUCUCGAGGAGCAGCCGGGCAAGAUCUCCGAGGCUUUCCGUCUCUUCCUGCAGGGCGAGGGCUACGUGGCGCCGCUCUCGCCGACCAAGAUCGUGCUGUUCCGCCGCCUGUCGGACGCCGAGCGCCGCCGCCCGUGCCGCCACUCGCCCGUCAUCCGCAUCACCGAGAACCCCAUCUCGGAGGCCAUCGUUUGCUAAACACCUAGCCGGAAUGCCACGCUGGUGCGAUUGUCUUAAAUACCAUACUUUACUAAGAUAGGCUGGAGUUUUGAGACUAUGGUAUUAUCUCAUUGGCCGAAUGAUCGUGUCAGUAGAUUUUGAUGUUUAUAUUAUUUUAAUAAGUACCUAAAUUUACAGGCUAUAAUUUUUUAUCUUGUUCGAUAGAUCUGCUGGAUGCACGGUGUCUACGUUGGUCGCGGUCGGUUGACGUGUUAGCAGGCCAUGUUAUGAUGGCACGCUUUGCUCGUCAAUUAUUAUUAAUAGUUUUUUCGGCUAAUCGCACCGGCGUGGUUUUUACCCAAACUUGACCUAAGCGCAUACACCCAAGUCUAUUCGCAACGUGUAAAUAAAAAAAGAGUAUUUUUAAAGGUGUAGUACAAAUAGUACACUCCUACGAUGGAGUCGCACAGAAGCUACGACAUAUUUUAGGCAUCAAUUUUGCUACGUAGCUAUAUGCAGUUUAACUGUAACUGAAUGUCAGCCACGAAUAUCCAAAAGUAAUCUUAGUUAAAUAAGCCAUCGAUUAUGAUUACUAAUUGUGUUGAAAUAUUUGCAUUACUCCAUUCAUCCAGCCACUCAUCAAGGCUUAUGUAAUCGUAUCAGUAUCAUGUAAUGAUUUAUUAAACAUUUGAUGUUGGAGCAACUUAAAAUUAUCAAAUCACACUUCAAUUACAAUUUAAAUACCUGUUAUCUAAAUUACACCCAUAAAUUAACUGUCAUCGCAUGUUGGCAAUUACUAUAAAAAGCUCGUAUCUCGUCAUGGCAUGUUUGCAAUACAUUGCUGCUCGGAAAUUUUUCAAAAAUUAAUUAUGGGUUAGUUUCUCAACGGAUUUAUUUAAUUUGCGCCCGUAUUGGAUUAACACACUGUAUAUCAUAUCCUCUUCUAGUCUAAAAAGUUCAUUAAGUUUGAGUCUGCAGUAGUAUUUGAAACAUUGGUAUGGAAGAGGUUAGUAAAAAAUAUAUAUUUACUUACAUAUUACAUGUUGAGAGUAUGCGCUUAGGGAAAGGGGCAUAUUUUUGCGGAAAUCGUUUCUUACCGCUUCAUAUUUAUUUUUAAUACAAAAAAAGCUUUAAAAGUAUUAAUUUAUUGCAUGAAUGUGAUUAUAAGUGUUGUUCAUUGAUGAUUAUUUAUAUUUUAUUGGUAUUAAACGUAACUUAUUUUUAUUUGAAUAACAGUGACGCGAAGGGUAGCUAUAAUAAAAUUUGUAAGCAUCAAAAACAUGUUAACAUUAAAGUUUACUACGGAACCAAAGAAUUGUGUAAGUGUACAUAUCUUGUGAGGACAGUGGAAUGUAAAUAUUCCGGGACAGUGGUAAAAGAGGACCGCGAGCCACCGGUUACGUACCCUUUUGUUCGAGGCGCACUUAUCUCGUACCUUUCUAAAAUAUUUUUUAUUGCAUUAUAAAUAAGUAUAAUUAAUAGUACAUCUAUGACGUAGUGUUCGGGUAGGAAGUCACUUUACAGUUGUACUUGUUAUGUUUGUAAUAUGUGCCGCUCGAAAGGAAUAUAUAGAUUGAUGACAUAACGGCGAGAGGGACAACCAACUUACGUAGUCUUAACUCCUAUUGUGUGCGUAAUUAAACACGUUUCUCAUGUCUGUGUAAUUGUAAUAUUCACUUACCGGUCGUCUCUGUCGCUGUAGGGUUGUUAGAGUGAGAGGAAACGUCGGCGGUUCGCUAGAGCCUCGCUGGGUGCUAAGUUAAGACCAAGAUAGAUUUUCGAGAAUGAUUAUUUAACGUAAAAGCAUUUUGGAAGAUUGUUUCGCCUACGUUUAACGCCUAGAUAUAUAUAUAUAUGUAAAUCAAGUUUUAAAUAUAUUUUGUACUCGUUUAUUUCAGCAAUCGAAGUGUUGUGAUCAAAUUAUCUGAGAAAUAUUUUAUUUGUUUUAGUUUAAGUUCAUCAGUAUUAAUUGUGAAUAAGAUAGUUUUAGUUCUCUGGAUUAUUUAAAUCACUCACUGCUUUUAAUAAGUAUAAAGUGUUAAUAUAGAAGAGAUUGCUUGUUCCAUUACAAUUGAUAUCAUUAUGUUAAGUAUUUAAAUGUGUUGUUGUCCGGCGUAGAAUCUCCGCCACGCUUGAGCCAAGGGAGCGCUUAACUAACUUAACACUAAAUGUUUAGAUUUGCUAUUUUCAAAUAAAAUACACUGGAAUUGUGUCUACUUAAUUGUUUGUUAUAUAAUGUUUUAAGUUAGUUAAUCGCCAGUGUCGUGCGGCAUUAAGGGUGAGCGUUUCUCUUGUAGUUAGGUUAGAACUUGAUCUGUAGCUGGAUCUGACUAGGACCUGUUCGGGCCGCAGUGCCGCCGCGCGCCGCCCGGGUACUGAGGGCCUACCGCAAACACCAAAGUUCGCAACUUUCUUUGUCACUCUAAUUACGCCCUAAUUGGAUUAAAAGAGAAAGAUGCCCGAAAUUUGCGAACUUCGGUGCUUACGGUUGGCCCUCUGACGUGCCAAAGGGAAUUUUUCAAAAUAGCGAGUCUCCACACUCUUGUUUGGAUAUUUCCGCGCACCUGUACGAGCAGGCCACGCGCGCCGCCACUCGCGCCUGCUCCACUAUGUGCUUUGUAGAGGUACAAUGGAUAAUAAAAAAGUUUUAUGAUUUCUAGAUUUUUAAAUAAGUAAAUUACCUUUUAAACAAAUCAGUCUAUCGUGAGGUUAUACAUAAUGGUACCACGAAGUGGAAUAGACUCCAAAAAGAAAAUUCGCCGUCAGCUUGUAAAGCUUUGACAAUAAUUUAAAAUGAUACUCUGAAAAUAACUAAUAUUAGUUUUUUUGUUAAUUGUUUUUAGUUAGUUAAAAGUGAUCAUUGAAAUCAUGACAAUAAAACAAGUUUUUGACGCUCAAAAUCCCACAAUUAUGGAAUUGAUUACCUAUUGCAAUAUUAAUUGUCACCUAUGUCAACAACGCGUGUCACAUAUAUACCGAUUUUGCUGUAUAAGUAGGUAGUUGGUACAGUCGAAGAGCGGGUAUCAUCCUUUACCUACAUAAAUAGUUCUGAUAGUAAUAUUAUUGUUAGGUAACCAAAUGGCGAAUUAACUAUUUGGAGCUCACACAAUUAAAUGCUGUUAUUAUUAGGAUUCCUUUUUAAACCACUUGCUCUUAAUUAAAUGUCAACAACUGUGUUUAUAAAUUGUGUGAAUUUAUUAUGGUUCUAAUAAAAAGUGAUUUUACAAGGAGA